GUAGUUUCUGGAAGCUCCCGGAGCACAUAUCCUCAACCAAAAAUCUCUCGCACAAAUCCUCCUUCAAUCUCCGGCGCCGGCAACUCAUCCAGCAAUUAAUUUAUCUGUCGAUUUUUCAAUUGAUCUUCGAUUUUUCGAAGAGAGAAAAUUUAAUUCAAAGAUAGAAACAGAAGAAGAAAAUGCCUCCAAAGCAGCAAUCUAAAGCGGAUGUGGCGAAGAAACAGAAGGUAAUCGAGGACAAGACGUUUGGAUUGAAGAAUAAGAACAAGUCGAAGAAUGUUCAGAAAUACGUCAACUCCCUCAAACAAUCCGUUCAGCCCAAACCCGACGCCACCAAACUCAACGCACAGAAAAAGAAAGAGGAGGAGAAGGCAAGAGAGAAGGAGCUCAGUGAGUUGUUUAAGAUCGCCGUGAAACAACCUAAAGUUCCACCUGGCGUCGAUCCUAAGUCGAUUCUGUGUGAGCAUUUUAAGGUGGGGCAAUGUGCGAAAGGUUUUAAGUGCAAGUUCUCCCAUGACUUGAAUGUGCAGAGGAAAGGAGAGAAGAUCGAUAUCUAUAGCGAUAAGCGUGACGAUGAAGAAACUAUGGAUGAAUGGGAUCUAGAGAAAUUGGAGAAGGUUGUUGAGUCGAAGAGCAAGGAGUACAACAAGAACAAGCCUACUGAUAUAGUAUGUAAACACUUUCUGGAAGCAGUGGAGAAGAAGCAGUACGGUUGGUUUUGGGUAUGUCCAAACGGUGGUAAAGAAUGUCAAUACAGACAUGCACUUCCUCCUGGAUAUAUCUUAAAAUCUCAGAUGAAAGCUCUUUUAGAGGAGGAAAGUAACAAAAUACCGAUAGAGGAGGAGAUAGAAAAUCAGCGCGCCAAAGUAACUACUACAACUCCUAUGACUCCGGAGUUAUUCAUGCAAUGGAAGAAGAAAAAGGUAGAGGAGAGAGAAGCUGGUCUGGCUGCACAGAGAGCAGAUAGAGCUAAGAAUGACCGUAUGAGUGGUCGUGAGCUUUUCCUUUCAGACGCCAGUUUAUUUAUUGAUGAUGCCGAAGCAUAUGACGACUACCAAAGAGAAGAACCUGCUGAUGCAGAUCAGAAGGCUAGCAAAGAUCCUCCGAUUGAUAGACCAAGCUCUUCCACAUCAGCUAAACUUGAUGGAGAAGGUAUUCCUGACAAUGAUGAUGGUGACGACGACGAUGAUGAUGAUGAUCUUGACAUAGACGAGCUAAAUGAACUGGAAGCUAGCCUAUCAAGAACCGCACUACAAAUCAAAGAACCAGGGGACAAUGCGUGAAUCCCAAGCUAUACAAUAUACAGUCUAAUCCCGUUUUUGACCCGACACUUGAAGUUAGAAAUACCGUUUAAUUGCCAGCCCCUCUCGACUCAAGUUACAAAAUGCAAGAGAGGCUCCCAAAACCCGAGGUUUCAUUCAUCACGCCCAGGCUUACUACUAGCAAGUCUUUGUGGUUUGUACUUUGUAUCCGGUUAAAUCUCGUUGAAGUUGGUCUUUUAAUCCUAUGUUUGAGGUGGAGUUCAUUAAAUUUAUAAUAAAGUACUUAUAUUCAA